AUGCAUCCCUCGCUUAGUGCUUUCAGAGCUUCUGGCUCCAGCUCUCUCCGCGACCCGUCUGGCGCCACCAGCCUUGCCGACCCUGCCUUCGACGCCGUCGAGCCCGCCUCCGGGACACACUCCCCCGCCUCCAUUCUCUCGGACCUCUCGGACACAGACGCCCCGCACGAUCCCCACGCCCUACCCAGCUUCUCCUCCACGACCCUCACGCGCCCCUCCGAGCCCAUCCUCUACCUCCCCCCGCUCAUCUCCUCCCUCCCAUACACGUACCCGAAGCACCUCCCUGCCGCGACGCCCUCGGCCGGGAAAUCCCCCCUCGCCACAGAGACGCGGCUGCCCAACAUCGACCCCGCGUCGCUCUCCCUGCACAAGGCUCUCCAUAACUUCGGCCCGAUAACGGAUAAAUACGCGGAGGUGUCCUACGCGGACGCGUUCAAUUGGGACGAGCUCGAACUGCCCGAGGAUGAGGAGCGCGAAUGGUAUUGCGUCGCUUUUCGGAGCAUCAGGAAGCCAGGAAGCGAGGCCGGUCCCCUCUAUGAAGCCGACAAGCUCGCACACGAAGAGGCCAUCCGAAACGGCGGCUUAAUCAUGUACUGGUACGGCAUCCCCGACCCCGCCACCGGCCGCAACCUCGCGACCUGCAUCUGGCAGUCGCGCGCGCACGCGCUCGCCGCGAACGGCCGCCCUCACCACAUCCGCGCCAUGCGCCUCGCCGCCGCGAGCUACGACACGUACGACCUCGAGCGCCACACCCUCCGCAAGGCGCGCGGGUCGCGCCGCGUCUCCGUCGAGCCAUUCACCGGGGGAGCGGUCGGGUGGUAA